CGCACACACACAUACACACUUACCCCACCCCCUCCCUCCUCAGUCUCCCGUGGCCGCGCACCGCCCCCCUUCCCCCUCCCCCGCCCGCGCGACUCAGGAGCGCAGUCGAAUCCAGCGGCAGCGCCUCCGCCUCCACCAAAGCCGAGCCGGCAGCUCCGAGGAGGAGCAGCUUCUCCAGCCGCUGCCGCCGCGGAGCCCCGCGCCCUCCAGCCGUCCGUCAGUCUUCCCGCCUGCCCUCUUUCUCUUAUCCUUCUCCUGUCUCCUCAGUUCCCUGCCGAGUGCUCGGUCACCCCGGGAGUUUAAGAUCUCCCUGGUUUCCUCACACGUCUGCCCCUCCCGCCCCAUCCCCUUCUCUCCCCAUCUUUACCGAUCUCCUUCCCUGUCCCUAUCCCUAUCCUUGGCUUCGUCCUCAUCACCUCACGGGGCCAGCGACCAGGGCUGGCAGGUGGGAGGACAUCAUGAGUCUGGGGGGUGGCAACAGCAGCCGGCGCCGCCGGGCAGAGAGCGGGGACCCAGAGCCACUCCCGCUGCCGCUGCCCCCACCCCCGGGAGAACCCGCCACGGCCGGCCCCCCGCGCUACCUGCCGCCGCUGCCCCCGCCGCUGCCAGCCCUGCCCGCGCUGCCUCCGCCCCCGCAGGCGCCACUAGGACCCGCUCCAAAGCAGAUCGAGCCUCAGCCGCUGGCCGAGGGGAUCCCGCGGCGAGGACCUGGAGAGGACCUGCCGCCCCUGCCGUCGCAGCCGUCCCCACCACCGCCGUUGCCGCCACCGCUGCCACCCUUGUUGCCUCCCCCACCGCCGCCACAGCUCCCUCUCCUGCUCCCGCUCCCGCUUCCGUCUGUGGAGCAAGAGCCGUCAACUGCUGGAGACUCUGGUGAAGGUUUCUCUGAGCCUCUUCCUCCCGAGGCGGUGAUUAGGGACUCAGAGGAGCCGCAGGCUGCGAGAGUAGGAGGGGAGGCAGAAGGACAGAGCUCCGAGGAACAUCCCGAGACCCGCUCGGUGUGUAGCAGCCGCAGCAGUAGCAGCAGCAGUGACCAGCGCACGGGGCACCACCAGCACCAGCACCACCAGCCCAUCUGCAAAAUCUGCUUUCAGGGAGCUGAGCAGGGUGAACUGUUAAAUCCUUGUCGUUGUGAUGGGUCAGUUCGGUAUACACAUCAGCUAUGCCUGUUAAAGUGGAUCAGUGAAAGAGGGUCAUGGACCUGUGAGCUCUGCUGUUAUAGAUACCAUGUAAUAGCAAUUAAAAUGAAAAAACCUUGCCAGUGGCAAAGCAUUUCUAUAACACUGGUUGAGAAAGUUCAGAUGAUUGCUGUAAUCCUAGGAUCACUGUUCUUAAUAGCAAGUGUGACUUGGCUUCUGUGGUCAGCCUUCAGCCCCUAUGCAGUAUGGCAAAGGAAGGACAUCCUCUUUCAAAUCUGCUAUGGAAUGUAUGGUUUUAUGGAUCUAGUGUGCAUAGGUCUCAUUGUGCAUGAAGGGGCAGCAGUUUACAGAGUGUUUAAGCGCUGGAGGGCAGUUAAUUUGCACUGGGAUGUAUUAAAUUAUGACAAAGCCACAGACAUAGAAGAAAGUAGCCGAGGAGAGUCUUCAACAAGUAGGACAUUGUGGUUGCCACUGACAGCUUUGCGAAAUAGAAACUUAGUUCACCCAACACAAUUAACCUCACCGAGAUUUCAGUGUGGCUAUGUACUGUUACAUCUGUUCAAUCGAAUGAGGCCCCAUGAAGACUUGUCAGAAGAUAACAGCUCGGGGGAGGUUGUGAUGAGAGUGACUUCAGUGUAAUGAAAAUGUAAGGAUAAUGCACUGUGGACUGUCUAAACAGCAUUUUGGAAUGUAGUUGCAAUGAAUGGUGAAACCAUAGCACUUCUAAAAACAUAUAUGAACUUUUUAAAAUUUGUGUUUUUUAUAUGAACAAUGGAAUUGCAAAUACAUUUUCUGAAAAAAAAAUUCCCUUUGCGCUUUGUUUUGUGAUUUAUGACAUCUUUUUAUAAGUUGGUACUUGGAAUCAUUUGAAAUAUAAUGUAUGUGUUAUUAGUUGACACAAUGAAGAAACUGGUCCUUACAGCCAAAAAUAUUUUUCUUGCUUGUUUUAAAUAUAUUUUUUAACCAAA